AUGAACAAGAAGGCAGCCGCUAAUUUCUUCAUUCCCACCUCACAAAAAAAGUCGGAGCCGAUCAAAUGGCGAAUCCUGGGAACAAGCCUGGUCAUUGGGAAGUUCACACCGGAGAACCACACCCAAACCCUGUCUGAAAAGGAUAGAAAGGUCGCUGCAUUCGAUCUGGAUUCAACCUUGAUCAAGACCAAAUCCGGCAACACAUUUCCCCGAUCAGCGACGGAUUGGCAAUGGUGGGACUCGAUAGUUCCAGGCCGGUUACGAGAGCUCAGCUCCGAUGGUUUCCAAGUGGUUGUCUUUUCCAACCAGAAGAAGAUCAGCAUUCAAAAAGAGAUAAAAGCCGGCAGUGGGGACUCGAAGAGCCUCGCCAUAUUUAAAGAAAAGUUGACAGCUAUGAUGACGGAACUACAAGUUCCGAUCAGCGUAUACGCGGCGACGACUAAUGCCGAGUAUCGAAAACCUCGUUUAGGAAUGUGGAAAGAGUUCCAAGACGAUUACGAUCUUGAUGUGGCCGGGGUGGAUAUGAAGGAAUCCUUCUUUGUUGGUGAUGCUGCUGGGCGGCCAGGCGACCAUUCUGCUGCAGAUCUCGGAUUUGCCUCCAACGCCGAUUUGAAGUUCAGCACGCCGGAAGAGUUCUUCCUCGGUCAGCCCUCGGGUCAGCCCUCGGGUCAGUUGAACGGCGUUUUCAAUCCAAAAUCCUACAUUGAGACGAAUGUGAAGGAAACCUCUGUCAAAUUUGCUCGCAAACAUCCCCUGGAGCUUGUCAUAUUUUGCGGUAGCCCAGGGUCUGGAAAGUCGACCUACUACUGGAAUAACUUGGAGCCACUGGGAUAUGAACGUGUCAAUCAAGAUAUCUUAAAAACCCGCCCAAAAUGCUUAAAGGUCGCCCGGGAACACCUCGAGGCGAAGAAGUCUGUAGCAGUCGAUAACACCAAUGCAAACAUUGAGACUCGAGAAUACUGGAUUGCGCUAGCGAAGGAGUUGAGUGUUCCGAUUCGCUGUGUUUAUUUCUUCUCUACUCCCGAAUUAUGCCGGCAUAAUAACGCCGUGCGGGCGUCAAACAGGGAAUUGAACCCGGAAUUGAGAGCAUCUCUCCCGGGCAUCGCAUUCGGUGACUUUGGACGCCGCUUCCAAGAACCCACUCUCGCCGAGGGCUUCGAGGACAUUAUCCCCGUGAAGUUCCAGUUUCAGGGCGAUGAAGCGGCCCGAAAGCUCUGGGGGCAGUUUUGGAUUUGA